AUGGCAUUCACCGGUGGCUCUGGCGAAGACAACAGAACCAAACAUGACCUUGAGGAUGAAGACGCCGAUGCGAUCCUAGCAUCUCUGGAGGAGGAAGACUCCGCAGCUUAUCGUGCUCAGAGACUGGCAGAAUUGAAAACCGCAGCCGGUGGGUCUGCGGGAACUACGGCCCUUGCGACGGUCAAGAACGCGUAUAUCACUCUGAAAAGUGACGAUGAGGCUCUGACUUUCACGACUGAGCACGAGAGGGCAGUGCUCCAUUUCUUCCAUCCCGAUUUUGCCAGGUGCAACACAAUGGACAGCCACUGUGAGCUCAUUGCGGAAAGGCACGCAGAGUACGGAAGUGCAGACGUUUCCUUUGGCAGAAUCGAUGUCAAGAACGCCCCCUUUGUGGUUGAGAAAUUGAGUGUGAGAGUGUUGCCUUGUGUGGUUGGUUUUGUCAAGGGAGCUGUCAAAGGGAGGGUCACCGGAUUUGAGGGACUCUGUUGGAAUGGCAAAGAGGGUAGUAUGGAUGUCACCAGAGCUCUGGAGGAUGUACUUCUGGGUUGGAAAGUGUUACCUAAGAAACUCCUCCUUGGACACGAAGACGAGGGCAGUGGCGACGACGAGGAUGCGCCAGAUUGUCGAAAAGCAGUCCGUGGAGCUAUCCGCAGUCGCAACCAGAAGAAUGACGACGACGACGACGACGACGAUUGGGACUGA